AUGGAAAUGAUCCCCAGCGCCCAGCCCCCUCCCGCCUGCCUGGGCAAGCUGCCUGCGCUGGAGAGCAACGAGAUGCCAGGGCUGGCCUUUUCUCACAUGUAUCAAGUGUACAAGCCCAGGAGAGGGUUAAAAAAAAGUGAAGACAAUAAGGAGACCUAUAAAUUGCCCCACAGACUGAUAGAGAAGAAGAGACGUGAUAGGAUUAAUGAGUGCAUUGCCCAACUGAAAGAUCUCUUACCAGAACAUCUCAAACUUACAACUUUAGGUCACUUGGAGAAGGCAGUGGUUCUUGAACUUACCUUGAAGCAUGUGAAAGCACUAACUAAUCUCAUUGAGCAGCAGCAACAGAAAAUAAUUGCUUUACAGAAUGGUUUACAAGCUGGUGACUUGUCAUCGAGAAACCUUGAUACCAGCCAGGAAAUGUUUCGAUCUGGUUUCCAGAUGUGUGCCAAGGAAGUGCUGCAAUACCUGGGAAAGCAUGAGAACACGAGGGAUCUGAAAUCUUCUCAGCUGGUCAGUCAUCUGCACCGAAUGGCCUCUGAGGUUCUCCAGGGCGGAGCCAGCCGAAAAUCUGGAGAUGCGCCCCUGAAAACGGUGGACUUGAAGGAGAAGUCUGGCUCUUUGCCCAAAACUGCUGAGGGUUAUGGCAAGAACUGUGUGCCUGUUAUACAGAGGACUUUUGCACACUCCAGUGGAGAGCAGAGCGGGAGCGACACAGACACAGACAGUGGGUAUGGAGGAGAGCUGGAGAAAAGUGACUCAAACGCUGAUCAACAGUAUUUUCCAAAGGAUACGGGACUCAACUAUACCAUGCAAGAGAGAAUAAGCUCUAUUAAGCAAGAGACUGAGGACCCACCAGCCAAAAGGACCAGAAUGGAAACUUCAGAAGACGAAGGCCAUUUUAGCAGUGAUCUGAUUGGCUCUUCAAGUAGUUUUUUGGGCCCUCACCCUCACCAGCCUCCUUUGUGCCUGCCUUUUUAUUUGAUCCCACCAUCCGCAACUGCCUAUCUGCCUAUGCUGGAGAAGUGUUGGUACCCGGCUUCCAUGCCUGUCUUGUACCCAAGUCUCCCAGCCUCUGCUGCAGCACUUUCAGGGCUAAUGAACCCAGAUAAAAUCUCUCCAUCUCUUCUGAUGCCUCAGAGACUUCCUUCUCCACUACCAGUCCAUUCCCCUAUCGACUCCUCAGCUCUGCUUCAAGCUUUGAAGCAGAUUCCUCCUUUGAACUUGGAAACCAAAGACUAAGCACAGUGUGACCGUUUUCUUUUUCUUUUCUUUUUUUUAAGUUUGAGACUCUUUCAGUUUUAUAUACCGGCUGGACUGAGGUGUGGGGAUAAGGUUCAUUGAAAGUAGGAAGCAAAAUCCACUUUUCUCUGACUUGUCAGAUAGCGUGGGAAAGGAUGAAGGAAGCACCCAGGUUAGCCAUUCGGGGGAGUUUAAAAGGAAGAAAAAAAAAAAAGGUUUUUUUUGUGCUUUACCCUCCCCAUCUACAGAGCAACAGCUGACUUAGUCAGUGAGGAUUAUAUUUCAAAGCUGUGAAAAAUAUUCCAUUAGGCAGAUUUAGGUGUUAGGGUCUGUGAAUAUAAAAAUAUGGUACUUCUUAUGAGGGCUUUUCAAAGCAAUGGCCCACCGCCAGAUUUGUUACCCCACCCAGUUGCCAGUAUUUGAAAUGAUACACGCAUGCACAGCAGUUGAAGCAUUGGUGUUAGUCCCACUAAAACGAUUCAGAGUAGCAAUCACUGGUUGGUAACGCACAGUCAGUGGUUCAGGGAGAGUGAAGACAAGUUUCUCUCCACACCUCUGCUGAAUGUUUAAAAAACAAAAUGAAUAAAAUGUAGAUGCUGCUUAGAAGCUUUACAUGGUGUACUUCUAAUUAAUAAAUUAACAUGCAUCCCUUUCUAUAA